UAUUCGUUUUAUUUUUACAUUAUUCAAGUUAAUUGCGUAUACUGAUGCAUAUUUGCCAUUAUUAUAUUCAACUUAAUUGACACGAUAGGAAGGCAAUACAUUGUUAAAUUUGUAUAUGUUAAUGCAAUAGUUAAUUUCGUAGUUAAAUUUGAUCAACACAAUCUUUUGAUAGAUAACAAGGGUCUCUAUACAUAUCAUAGAGUACGUGCCGCCAUGUAUAUGCAUCAAGAAUAAAGUUAAACCAAUUAUCUCUCAAUGAGGAUGCGUACGCGCGUGUUGUGUGCAGUCUUGCGUGCGUGUGCGCGUAUGUCUGUGACAAUAUAGACAUUAUUUCUUGAAUAAAUUUUUUAAUUGCUUUUGAUAAAAUAGUACAAUUAAAAACGCUUUUGCACGAAUAUAAAUAUCAAAUCAAAAUAAAAAAUGACACUAAUAAUAAGUAAGAGCCAAAUACAUGUUGGGCUCAAACAGCUUUUAAUUAAUUGUAAGGCAUAAGAUGUGUUUGAUCAUAAAUUAAAACUCAUUAUUUUCAGAAUAAUUUGUAUUAUUGAAUCAAAAUAUAGAAAUUAAUGUUUAAUAUUUUGUAACAUUUGUUGAGUAAUAUUUUAAUCUAUGUUGGUAAUUUUUGAUAUAAUACGAUUGAAUAAUCCUGUUAACUUGUGAAGAAAAAAUAUUUUGUUAACUAAAUUGUAAGAAAAAUACAUUUAAACUAUGUUAGUGCAUACUCAUAACCACUUUCCUAGCAGUGAACAAUGUUUGGCACGCAUAGGCACUACUUGAAAUAGCAAAGUAAUGUCAUAAAUGUGCAUGCGUUACACGUAUAAUUCAAUACAAAAUGAGUAAGUAACACUUCCCAUGAUGCAUCGACAAGAACUGAAAUUCUUUUUUACUGAGGAAUAAUUAUGAUCGCGUUUGCGCAAAACACUUUUCAAUUUUAUAAAUUUAAAGAGAUGUGUUCUCAAUUAUAUAUUUAAGUAAUUUCGGUUAAUUUGCUUCCGCCUAUAUCAUGAAUGCAUUAUCUCUCACUUAGAAAGCUAUAGCUACCACUUUAGUAUAAUUAUGUUUAGUAUAACAUCUCUAAUAUCGAUUAUUAUAAUUUAGGAGCAAUUUUAAAGAAAAUAAUACUAGAAUGUAAAGAUCUAUGUCAUUUGUGUCGUAGUUCUUGUACAAAAUGUUUGCGACAGAAGAAUACGAGAUUAAUCGAAUGCUUCUUGAAACACUUGGCUUAUGGCCUUAUCAACAAUCGUAUUUCGCGGAGAUACGAAAAGUGGUUUUUCUCAGCUCUCUGUCGGCAUUUAUUAUUGUCCAGUUAUUAGCAUUCAUCACAAUGCAAUACAGUACGAACCUUCUCCUCAAGAUUCUCUCACUUACCUUGCCUAUUCUUUUCUGCAUUACUAAAUAUUGUCUUUUUAUUAUACAAGCAGACGGUGUGAAGCAAAUGCUGGAGCGAAUGCAAGAGAACUGGAAAAUGUUGAAAGAUGAUGUGGAAGUUGAUAUUGUAGAAAAAGAUUCUUACAUCGCGAGAAUUGUUACAAUGAUCUUGAUAGGCUUUUGCGGUAUUGGAUUAAUCAUAUACAUAUUAUUGCAAUUUAUUCCGCCAAUUCUUGAUAUCGUUAUACCGUUAAACGAAUCAUCACAUUUACGUCGCCCUAUUUUCGUCACAGAAUAUUUUAUCGACCAAGAAAAAUAUAUGUAUGCUAUAUUGUUACAUUAUAUAUUAACCCUAAUUAUAGCAAUAGCUGCAUUGGGUAGCGUUACUUUGAUAAUAAUAACGUAUGCCCUGCACAUGAGUGCACUACUUACUAUCGCAAGGUACUGUUAAUUUUGCUUGUCUUUAUUUUUGAAACUGAAAUAUGCCUAAAUAGAUUUAUAUAGCUAUCGUAUGGAGAACGCGAUUGAAUGGAGUAUAUUAGCGAACUCUAGUCCUACAAGAGAGUAUCU